UUUAUAAUACACUCCCCCAAAAAGCAAGCCGGCAGUACCAAUCAAAUCACUAUUUAGAGUAUUUACAGAGACCCAAAAAAAAAACUAUGCAACGUUGGCAAAAUAAAGUGGCUGUGGUUACCGGUGCCAGUUCGGGUAUAGGAGCAGCCUUAUGUAAAACCCUUGUCGAUAAUGGCAUGAUAGUGGUGGGCCUGGCUCGACGCCUGGUCAAAAUGAAUACCACCGUGACAAAUACUUUGGCUGAGGAUAAAAAACAAAAUUUCACUGCCUUCAAAUGUGACAUAGCCGAUGAACAAAGUGUCAAAGAUGCCUUCACAUGGAUUGAAGACAAAUUUGGUGGUGUCGAUGUUCUAAUCAAUAACGCCGGGGUGGUUAAAAAUACAACACUUUUGGCUGAAGGCAACUCGGAAGAUUUAUUGGCCACCAUGCACACAAAUGUUAUGGGAGUGGUGUGGUGUACCCGUGAAGCUUUUCGUUCAAUGCGUCAACGGAAUGGUGGUAUGGGUCAUGUGAUUAUCGUCAAUAGUGUGGCUGGCCACAGUGUACCCAAUUUUCCGGGUAUGAACUUCAAUAUUUAUCCCUCAUCAAAACAUGCUGUUACAGCCAUGACAGAGGUUUUGCGCCAGGAAUUUGCCAAUGAAAAAACAAAAAUUAAAAUAACUAGUCUUAGUCCCGGAGCUGUACACACGGAAAUCAAUCAAUCAAGUGAAGAAAUACCUCCUGAAUUUCCCAUCCUACAACCUGAAGAUAUUGCCAAUGCAGCACUGUUUUGUUUGCAAACACCACCACAUGUUCAAAUUCAUGAAUUGACCAUAAAACCAGUGGGUGAAAUGAUGUGAAUUAAAAUGUCGUACUCUCGAUUUUAGAACGAAACAAUAAAAAACAAGUUAAUCAGCUUCAAAUGGUUUUGCCGACA